UUCUAUGUCAGUACUAUCCAAUUUACUGAACUAAAGCAGCAGUUGUGCAGCAGUCACUGAACUACUCAAGAUCCUUGCUGUCCAAAAGUUUUUAACAUUGACACGGGGAUGUUGUACAAACUGACCUCUCUAAAGACAAUUUUUACAAUUUGCUUCACAGUAGUUUGUGUAUUUGUCAUGAACUGCAAUGGUGAUACUGAUAUUGUCGAUACCAAAUAUGGAAAAGUAAAAGGGGUGCAGGUUUCAGUGUUCUCUGGGAUAAUCACAGCUUUCCUUGGAAUACCAUAUGCAGAGCCACCAAUUGGUAAUUUAAGAUUUAAAAAGCCAGAGCCACACAAACCAUGGUCAGACAUAUGGAAUGCCUCACAGUAUGGAAACUCAUGCUAUCAAACUGUUGAUCAAAUAUUUGCUGGUUUUUCUGGAGCUGAAAUGUGGAAUCCAAACACUCAACUCAGUGAAGAUUGCCUGUACCUUAAUAUAUGGAUCCCAACUCCAAAGCCAAGAAAUGCAAGUGUUAUGGUUUGGAUUUAUGGUGGUGCAUUUGAAACUGGGACAUCAUCUCUUGAUUUAUAUGAUGGGAAGUUUCUGGCCAGGACUGAACGUGUGAUUGUAGUGUCCAUGAACUACAGAUUAGGUACACUGGGAUUUUUAGCUUUUCCAGGAAAUGGUGAAGCUCCAGGAAAUGUUGGUCUGUUUGAUCAGAGAUUAGCUCUUCAGUGGGUUUAUGAGAACAUUGCAGCAUUUGGUGGGAAUCCCAAAAGCAUAACCAUUUUUGGAGAAAGUGCUGGGGGGGCCUCUGUCAGUUAUCAUAUGCUUUCUCCAAAAAGUCAUGGAUUUUUCACAAGAGCUAUUAUGCAAAGUGCAACAGCGAAUGCUCCUUGGGCUGUUAUAACCAAAGCUGAAGCCCACAGUAGAGCUUUGACAUUAGCCAAUCUUCUGAAUUGUUUUUAUAGGAACGAAACAGAAAUCAUUACUUGCCUUCAAACUAAGAGUCCGGAAGAAAUAUUUGAAAAAGCUGUUUCAGUUCUUCCUCACAAAUCAGUAAUAGAAGUUAAUUUUCCUCCUACUGUUGAUGGAGAUUUUCUUAUAGAAAUGCCAGAAAUAUUAAUGCAAAUUGGUCAAUUAAAAAAGAACACACAAAUCUUAACUGGUGUUAACAGAGAUGAGGGUUCAUAUUUCUUAGUAUAUGGACUGCCCGGAUUUAGUAAAGAUCAUGAGAGUUUUAUAAACAGAACACAAUUUCAAGAAAGUGUCAGACUGUCCUUUCCAGAAGCAACAGAGCUUGCAGUAGAUUCGGUCCUUUUUCAUUAUACAAACUGGGAAGAUGAACAGAAUCCAUCUCAUAAUCGGGAUGCUAUGGAUGAUAUUGUUGGAGAUUACAAUUUUAUAUGCCCAUUGCUGGAAUUUGCCAAAUGGAAUUCUGAACUUGGUAACACGGCUUAUUUAUACUACUUUCAUCACAGAUCUUCAAAACUAACCUGGCCUGGGUGGAUGGGUGUUAUGCAUGGCUAUGAAAUUGAAUUUGUAUUUGGAAUACCAAUGCACAGAAGACUUAAUUAUACCAAGGCAGAGGAAGCUCUGAGUCGCACUUUAAUGAGAUACUGGGCAAAUUUUGCAAAAUCAGGAAAUCCAAACGGGGCACAGCCUUUGGAAAACAGAUGGCCUGUCUUCACGCUCGAUGAGCAGCAUUACCUUAUGUUAGGCACAGAAGACUCAAACACAAAUCGAAAAAUGCGUGCCAAACAGUGCAGAUUCUGGAACAAAUUCUAUCCCAAAGUCCUGCAAAUCACAGGACUCAUGCAAUCUUACAGCUUGGUUCUGCUGUGGCGGAUCUUUGAUGUGUUCCACAGGAGGGGAAUGCAGGACCAAAUGUAGCCCAUUCUUCUGGAUUGUACUGUACUCAUUGUGAAACAUGCAAGUGUUGAACACAGGUAAAACAUCCACGUGUUAGAGCCCUUCGACCCAUUAACAUAUUCAUUUCAAAUCUUUCAUGACCACUUAGCAAUCUGAUUAGAUGUAUGGUUGCAUACUGUAGAAAGUAUUUAAACUACUCAAAGUGGUAAAUAAUCAAGAAGGAUGGGGUUUCAGUUUGAGUCUGUUUUAAAGGGAUGGCAACUCCGCCAUAUUGGAACUACCAUAGUCUCACAGUACCAUAGUUUCACAGUAGCCUAAAACAAGGGCAGAUAUUGAGGCCCUUAAAUGCUUUCAUAGAGGGGAUCAGGGAAGACAAUGUGAAAUGAGAACAAAGUGAUGUACAUAAUUUUAACAGUAACUAGAGAUACAGUAGCAGUUUUUCAAAUCAACAUAUUUUUGGGGACACAGAACCCCAAAUUUCUAGCCAUAUUCAUUAAAGUGUGCUUAAAAAGUCAAACUACCGUGUGUGCCUAGAGAAAAGCAGGGUCCUAAGUUCUUGUUUUCCUUAGUAACCAAGGUCUACAAGGUUGGAGAGUGGGUUUUAGUCCUAAAGUAUAUUGGAAAACAAUGCUACCCCCAGGGAAUAAGGGUCAUUGGAUGUCUCAGUAGAAAUUUCAAAAAAGUAUCUUUUCCCCUGUAAUGAUUCAUUAUUUGGGUCAAACAUAUCAGCAACAAUCGUUACUACUUUAGUUUAGUUUAUUUAUAAGGUGUUUAAAACUACUAAAAAAAUUAUAGUAAUAGAAUAAAAGUCCCAUUUGAAAAUAUAAUUAAAGUGACUUUUUUUUAACAUGGAUUGAGAUGGAAAUAUAAAAAUACAGUAUAUGGACAGGUCGAUCGAGAGAGAGUGGGGGAGAGAGGUGUUCUCAAGCAACGAAACCACCAUACAUAAGCAGGUCUGAAGAAAAUAUUACGAUCACAGUGGUUCAGAUCCACAUUCUGUAUUGAAUGCGCUUAACACAGAUGUUAAACCCUGGUUGAUACAGAAUCAAUGGAUGUCACUCUGGCUCACGUAGGUGAAAACAAUAUUUGAAACUGCUGACAGAUUUUUAAGAUAGCAGAGACUAAUCUUGCUACAAUGGACUAUUGAUAUCUCCUGUGUAAAGGUUGCACUAAACCUGGGAUAUGUAUCUCUUUUAUUGGUUUCUCCCUUGGUAUAUGUAUGGCAUUUCAGAAACAUCAACCGACAUACAAAACAAAUGACAAUAAUUAUGAACAUUUUUCCAUUGACUAGUCCAUCCAACAGGGCUUUUUACAUUUCUACCUUUUAAUUUGAACUCACACUGCUGUGUUUUUUAAUACUGUUUAAUUGCCAGCCACCAUAUGGUGGCCCACCAUAAAAUUAAUAGCAUAAUAUGGGCAAAAAACAUUAUGCAGAUAAAGUAAUAAAAUAUAACAAAAGUAUAAAAUCAAAUUUUAGGUCCAUAGAUGUCGUAACCUAUAACAAACACAGUGACAUACAAAGUUUGGGCUGGGUCUUCCUGCAAGAUCUGCAGGGUGGGAGCCGUGUGCAUCUCAAAGGCCAACCCUUGCCCACCUACUUGCUUGAUCACCACCCACCACAAAUGAGUGAGUGGGCUGCAAAGUUUCAACUUUAGUAGGGAUUGAAAAGAACAAAGUACAGUAACCAUUGUGGCCCAGGCCCCUAUGUGGCUGAAAGGUUGGUUUUAUGGUAGUUGUGCCAUUGACCAAACAGCAGAUAUUUUCUGGUCAGGUAUAAAAGAGCAAAUAUGUUGCUAUGGGAUACUAGACCUGUGGCAAACUUUGCUCUUCUUAUUGCUUUACCCCCAGAAGAAUAAUUCCACCUUGGAACCAAGUUCUUCAUUAUACAACUAUACAGGAAAUGAAUCCAUGAUGCACAAAAUUACCAGCAAUCAAAAAGUUUAGGUAUUGUUGGGGUUAGUUUAUGAACAUAGGUGCUAAACUGCAAAAGUUUGAAACAGAAAACAAUCAGUAAUUUAUUCUAAACACUUCAUUUUUAAAUUGAAAGUAAAGACCUUACUGGUUAUCGUCCAUUACACAUGUAAUUUAGCACCUAUGUUUGUAAACCAACUCUUCUGCUUUAAGUAAUUCCACAAAUCAGUUGUCUCUUAACCUGCCAACUAAGACAUAUGCUUGCUGAUGGGGUGCCGUUUAGGGGUGUUCUAUGUCCACAUGUGAGAAGAUCCUUGUAAAUGUAAAGGAAGGUUACCUCGCAUUACGUGUAAAUUAAGCAUUAUGAACUUGGGAAAGUAAAGUGUGGGUUUUCAAGUGAAGCGUUCCCGUUGUAUUUUAUUUUAUUUCUGAAUCUGCAACCCUUUGAGAUGAUUUCCACCUCUUUUCCAAUGCACAGGCUAUAAAGCAGAUGUUAAGGGGGUGUGAAUGGGGGAUCUCAGCAGUUUACAUGACGAUCCCUGGCUCAGAACCUAGAAAAAAGUCCCACAUAUGAGCUGGCAGAACAAAUAUAACAAGUAUGUGAGCACAAGUCAAUGUGUGAAUCUGAGCUCAAUAAGCAAAGCAGAUGAAGCAAGCAGCAGACAAGAGGCAUGCUGAAAUUAGCAGUCACGCUCAAACCAGCAUUCCCCACUGAAUAGACUCCUACACAUUGUAAUAUGCCUGAAACAAAGAUAAUGCAAUGGAGAAUGAGACAAUUCUCAAGCAGCUCCACAUUCCGCACUUCCUAUCUGUUAUACAAUACAUUGCACCAGCCACUGAUGACAUUGUUUAUCUUUAAGGCAAUAAAAAUAUGUGCAAUGCAAACCAUUUCUACUUUGUCGGUAUUUAAUAUAGUUUUAUGCUUCAUCUACCAGUGGAAAGAAGUUUGUCCUUUUCUAUAGUGUAUUCAGAGUGUAUAUAAAAGGUAUUACCAGAAAAUCUAUUUUUACUCCAACUAAUAAGCCACCUUCAUGCACAUUUUAGAAUAACCACUAUGGGCUAUCGCAAUUCAUAAUGAGCUGUUUAAAAAUAUUACAUUGUGAUAUGCAAAUGCAUUUUCUUAAUUUUUGCAAUAUAUUGAAGAAACUGUACAAUAAUAUGUUAUAAAUUAAAGAAAAGCACUGUAUAAAUAAAUGAUAAUCCUGAUA